AAUCGAAAAGUCUGUGACGUAGCGUACAAGUCAUUCCCGUCUCGGCAGUGGCCAAGGAGGUUUCGCAAGACAAGAAGUAGCCUCAGGACAGUCUACAUGGUCUACAACUCUAGAGAUAUGAAUGUGAUGAUUCCCCCGGACGCUACACGGCCUACAGGCGGCCGGUGUGUGAAAACUCUGCGGUGGAUCGGCUGCCUGAUCGCGCUGGUCGGAAUCAUGAUAUCGGUGGCUGUGGUGAUCAUGACGGGCAUGCACAGCGAUGAGGGCAUACGGUUUCCGGGAGAGGGACUCCUUCUGUUGUUCGUUGGAGUGACGCUAGUUUUACUGAGUCUGUGUUACACGUCGUACUCUCACGGUACUACAAGACGACAGGGACUCAGUCGACAGAACUCGGUGUUAAGUACGAACAUGGACCAACCACCAUCGUACUGGGAAGUCUGCGACUUAAGUUACGACAACCCCGUCAUGGCGCCAACCGUGAUCACAGAAGACGGCGUCAUCAUCGUCCCCACCAGCAGACUCAGGAGCAUUUCUGAAGGUGUCGUCAUCGACGUGGACAGCUUACUGGAAGAACCUGACGAACCCUUACCGAAGUACGAAGACGUCGUGGGCAGGUGACAGGAUUCAAGACAGACAAUUAUAACGUCUUCAAAUACGUCUAAAAGAGCUGUCACUGGUUAAAACUGCUCCAAUCUGGUGUACAUUUGAGCAUGGUGCACGGACUAGAACCAGCAUCGACUCGAACUGCACUUCAAGACCAGGCCGCAGUGUGUCGCUAUUGAGCAGUACUGGACACGAACCAAAUUAACCUGCGACCAUGUACAUGUAUAUGGACUGACAAGUUGAACUCUACAGCAACAUAGUCUUACUUUAUACCUCCUCAGCCUUGAGGUUGGAUAAGUGACGACAUGCUAAAGGAAUCUAACACUAGUACAUUCCGCUUAAAACGCAGGUGUUACACAUAUUUAAAUCUGUUUUUACUUUAGCAAAGGAAAUGUUAUUUAUAUGUUUUAUUUAUUUGGUUUUCGCUUCAAGCGUAUGUACGUAAUAUUAGUAAGAAAAGGACAAGGAAUCUGUCUAUGCAAUUAUUUUGUUUAAUCAUACUUUUACACCAAGACGUGCCAAUCGGAAGUCAGUACUGAGCCAACAGGGUGUAUUUGUCAAACCCCAGCUAUAUGAAACUUUAUACUAUGCUGCAAACACGUU